AUGGUGAACCUGUACCUCUUCUGUCGAGCGGAACUAGACAAAUUGGCCAAAGAAACACAAGCUCUUUGGAUCGCGUGUGAAGCGCUCGCUUGUAGUUUAUCAUCUGCACGACCAACCACUACGCAUGGUGUGACCUAUUCGGAAGUCAAUGUGACUGGCCCGCUGAAAGAGUUCGUCGAAGCGGUGAAGGAAGCCGCUUCCACUGGCAACCAUCCGUUUGCUUUGGCGAUUCUGGAGAAAAUUCCUCCCGAAGUUGUCACUGACGGAGUAUGGAUGGAACGUGGACUGAAAGAACGAUUUGAAAAAGUGAGUGGCAUGAUCUGGAACUCCUGA